GGAAGCGCUUUGAUAACGCGUCCCCUCGAGUCUCACAGAGCAGCGCACUCCUUGGCGUGUCUCAUUGCUGGUGACUCUUCUGCUGCUGUGGAGCUAUUAAGCAGAACCCCGUUUGCCAUGGACAGUGUGAAGAUGGAAUCCAUCCCCAUUAAAGAGGAGCUCCCUAAACUGGAAGUGGUCCCCAUUAGACUGGAGUACUCUGGACUGGCUUCCCUCCCCAUUAAACAGGAGCUCUGUGAGAUGCCAUGUGACAGGAUCAAGCCAGAGGUGUCUGCUGGGGUUAAAACUGAGUGCAGUGAAGUGGAGAUCCCUCAGACAGCAGAACCAGUUCCCAUGAAAGAAGAGGUGCUGGAAGUGAUUAAUCUGGAUCUCCUGAAAGUGGAGUUUGAGUGCUUGAGACCAGGGAGGGAAGAAUACGAGGACUUCAAACCAGCCCCCCCUGAGCCCCUCCCUGAGCUGGGCCCUGUACGCUUGCAGAAGUGUGGCGUGGUGCUGGAGAGAAUCGGUGCGAGAGAUCGAGGCGUUGGAGAGGAAGGCUUUCCCAGCCGCACGCAAGGAAGGGGAAUGGAAGAUGAGAGCUCAGAGUCAGAGUGCAGUCCAGCAGGAGAGCUGCUGCCAUGGAGGGAAGAAUCUGAGGACUUUAAACCAGUCCCCCCUGAGCUGGGUCCUGUACGCAUGCGGGAGUGUAGCGUGGUGCUGGAGAGAAUCUGUGUGAGAGAGCAAGGCGCUGGAGAGGAAGGCUCUCCCAACAGCACGCAAGGAGGCGGAAAGGAAGACGAGAGCUCAGAUUCAGAGUGCAGUCCAGCAGGUUCCAGUUCAGCAGCUAAAGCGAGGGCGGGCGGUGAACAUUCUUACUGUGGGAAUGAUGUCACCCAGUUAGGGAAUUUUAAAACACACCAGCGAACUCGCAGCGAACAGAAACUGUAUCACUGUUCUGACUGUGGAAAGAGUUUCAGGGACUCUGCACACUUUAAAAGACACCAGCGAAUUCACACAGGAGAGAAACCGUAUCGCUGCUCUGACUGUGGGAAGAGUUUCAAUGACUUGGGAAACCUUAAAAGACACCAGCAAAUUCAUACAGGAGAGAAACCAUAUAGCUGCUCUGACUGUGGGAAGUGUUUCAAUGACUCAGGAAACCUUGUUUUACACCAGCGAAUUCACACAGGAGAGAAACCGUAUCGCUGCUCUGACUGUGGGAAGAGUUUCAGAUUGUCAGGGCACCUUGUAAGACACCAGCGAGUUCACACAGGAGAGAAACCGUAUCGUUGCUCCGACUGUGGGAAAAGUUUCAGUUUGCCAGGAAACCUUGUUUUACACCAGCGAAUUCACACAGGAGAGAAACCGCAUCACUGCUCUGACUGUGGGAAAAGUUUCAGGAGGUUGGGAGACCUUGUAAUACACCAGCGAAUUCACACAGGAGAAAAACCGUAUAACUGCUCAGACUGUGGGAAGAGUUUCAGUUUGUCAGGAAACCUUGUAACUCACCAGAGAGUUCACACAGGAGAGAAACCGUAUCGCUGCUCUGACUGUGGGCAAAGUUUCAGUCACUUGGGAAACCUUCAAACACACCAGCGUAUUCACACAGGAGAAAAACCGUAUUACUGCUUUGACUGUGGGAAGAGUUUCAGUCUGUCACGAACCCUUGUAAGACACCAGCAAAUUCACAUGAGAAAAAACAAAAAAGACUGCAUAAAAAACCUUUUGUGCGUUUUACUCAGAAGAGCCAGCUUCCCAAUGUUUCAGUGCAGCAGCUUGCUAACUUAAUGAACUGUAUCUUGUAUUUGCUCUGAUAAGGACUGACAUUAUUGGAUAUUAUACAGUAAAACCUGCAUGAGCAACUACCUCAGAAGAGAGACAGCCUGUCAUGAGCGACUCCUUGCAGAGGACAUGGAAAGCUUUUCCCUAUAACAAAGAGUACUGCUUUGAGAGUUU